AUGGAUGACAAAUUUGAUGAUGAGUACCAGGUGGCCGCCGAUUGGCUGAUGAGCAAGACGUCGUCCCGGCCCACCGUGGGCAUUGUGUGCGGUUCUGGUUUGGGCGGCCUGGCUGAAAUGCUAAAGGAACGUCAAGUCUUCAAGUACGCUGACAUUCCCAAUUUCCCAAGGAGCACUGUGCACGGUCACGCAGGUCAGCUGGUUUUCGGAACACUUAAGGGAAAAGCCUGUGUUUGCAUGCAGGGCAGGUUCCACCUAUAUGAAGGUUACCCAGUCCAAAAGGUGGCGCUUCCCAUGCGCGUCUUCAAACUGCUCGGAGUGAAGACUGUGAUCCUCACCAACGCAGCCGGCGGCCUGAACGAGGACUACAAGGUGGGCGACGUCAUGAUCAUCAAGGAUCACAUCAACAUGCCAGGCUUUGCUGGUGUCAACCCGCUGGUGGGACCCAACCACGACAGGUUUGGCGUCCGCUUCCCCUGCAUGUCUGAUGCAUACGACCGCGAGCUGCGCAAGCUGGCACAUGAUGUAGCGGGCGAGCUGGACUUUGGCGACUUUAUGCGGGAGGGGGUCUACUGUGUCCUAGGAGGGCCCUCCUUCGAGACCAUCGCUGAGUGCCGCAUGAUGCACAAACUCGGGGCUGACGCCGUGGGCAUGAGCACGGUGCAUGAGGUGAUCACGGCGCGCCACGCCGACAUGCGCUGUUUGGCGAUGUCGCUCAUCACUAACCGGGCAGUCAUGGAUUACGAGAGCCAGGCCAAAGCCAACCACGAAGAGGUCCUUGAGACGGGCCGGCAGCGGGCCGUGCAGCUGGAGCGUCUAGUCAGCACCCUGGUGGGCCGCCUGGAGCUAUGCCACAACAAGUCUUUGUGA